AUGGAUUUUUUGGAAACACCUGAAAUACAGAUUCUGGGUGUUGCUGUUGCUCUGGUUGCCGUUGCAGCUGCUGUAUACUUCUUUUCCUCCAAGAAACCUAAAGGCUGCUUAGAUCCUGAUAAUUUCAAGGAUUUCAAACUCGUGAAGCGCACCCUACUCAGCCACAAUGUUGCAAAGUUCAGAUUUGAACUUCCUACACCUACAUCAAUGUUGGGUCUCCCUAUUGGACAGCACAUAAGUUGCAGGGGUAAGGAUGUUCAAGGUGAAGAUGUUAUAAAACCAUACACUCCAACUACUCUGGACUCUGAUCGUGGAUAUUUUGAGUUAGUUAUUAAGAUGUAUCCGCAAGGUAGAAUGUCCCACCAUUUCCGGGAGAUGCGUGUUGGUGACUACAUGGCUGUGAAAGGACCAAAGGGCCGUUUCAAGUACCAGCCUGGACAAGUGAGAGCAUUUGGAAUGCUUGCUGGAGGGUCUGGUAUAACUCCUAUGUUCCAGGUUGCUAGAGCUAUAUUAGAAAACCCACAAGACAGGACGAAACUGCAUCUCAUCUAUGCCAAUGUCACGUAUGAGGACAUUCUUUUAAAGGUAGCUAAUGGUUGCCUUUGUGACGUGGCCUCCAUCGUGAAUUCAGGUCCAGGCGAAGUUCUAAAACCUGGGGUGCUUGCGUUACCUCUUCAACUUGUGUACCUGUUGCAGGAAAAUAUGAGAUUUAAAAUGCAACAAGAAAAUGGGAAAUUUAAUUGGUCAACAUUAGAGAGCGCUUAUGAGCCAUAUAGUGGGCUGCCAACAGAAAAAUUGAAAAAAGCCCAAGAUGUCCAAGGCCGUUUCAAGUACCAGCCUGGACAAGUGAGAGCAUUUGGAAUGCUUGCUGGAGGGUCUGGUAUAACUCCUAUGUUCCAGGUUGCUAGAGCUAUAUUAGAAAACCCACAAGACAGGACGAAACUGCAUCUCAUCUAUGCCAAUGUCACGUAUGAGGACAUUCUUUUAAAGAAAAACCAAGACGUUGGAGAGGACGGAGAAGAUGCUAGAGAUCGUCGAAGUUCUUGA